CUGUGUUUCUACACCCCUGGAUGUCUUAAAAGAGUCACUUAGUAGAUAGCAACCCUUGUAGAGGUUUCCUCCUCCCUCCUGUAACGAUCAAUAACGAUGGAAAAAAGUAGACGACGAAUGAGUAUAGAUAGCCGCCCAAACCCAAUGCUCGUCAAUUUUUUUCUUUUAAAGGCUGAUAUUAAACUACAGCAGAAAUGAAGGCUUCGACGUUAUAUCGCUGUUUCCGCUCAUCUACUUGAUUGUCUUCAACACGGUUGUUUGACGUGGACGCGGUGCGGUUUAGUGCUCACGGAGGGUCACUGCCGAUAGAAGAACUCUCAUUCAAUCCCACGUGAGUAGCUCCUGCACACGCAAGAACCUUACAGGUUUGACGUAGCGCACAAAAACAAGGAAAAAGACGAGGAUGCAGUUCGUUGCCGCUACGCUUGUUAGCACAGGCUUUUGCCUCAUAGCGCGACAUCUGUCCGAAGACGUGGAGAACCCUCCAAAGGCAGUAAAACCAGCAGGGUUGCCCCUACCCCGCAUCCACGCCGGAGAGCAUCACCACACGAAUGGAGGAGGUGACAAUGGUCACACAGAGACCGAUGCUUCUCUGCUGGCAGCGCGAACCCAGGUCGGCGUCUCAACCACCGAAGACGAUGGCUCCGAGCAAAACCUACAAGACUCAAACGACAAAAGAAAAAUGGCUUCCGCGGUGCUGAACGAGACGGGUCACAUCACGAUUUCCGGACAGAAAAAUACAGGAGUUGUUGGUCGUGCAGGAAUACUAACCAGAGACGAGCCGGUGAACUGGGACGACACCCACAGCAAAACGUCGGGCCCGGCGACCGGGGAACAGUUUUCGGAGCCACACGUCAUGCAGAAUGGUGCUGAUCAUCAUCAUUCUGAUUUGCGAGCACACCCGUUCGAGAGUCGGAGCAUCGGCAUGACAGUCAGUCAAGAAAAAGAGAGUAGUGGCACCUACGUCGGUCAAUCAUCUCCUGUUGCUGCUCCUGGUGGGUCAAAGCAACGCAUGGAAGACACGGUGAAAGAAGAGAUCACGCAAAGGGGCGAGCAACGCGACGCGGGGACUUUCACGAAUAUCCGUAUUGCUGAGCGUGCUCUCGUCAAUAUCUCCACCGUACUCACUGAAGUCGAAAUGCCCAGAAUGAGCAGGAGUGUUGUCGUACCACCUAGUACCUUCGGCUCUCUGCGUCGAGCUUUUCCUCCUCCGUCUUCGCCAAUCUUUCCUGACCGCGACCAGAAAAAUGAAGAAGUAGAGGACACGGCGCAACACAGGAGCGACGUCAUGCCCAUGUAUGAUGGCUUGGAAAGGACGGCGCAUCGCGGUGGCGACCACAACCAGAGCAGACACAGUCCAAACACCACCGACACUCUACAUGUUGCACAGAGGUCGACUGUUGAGCUGAAAAGCAACACGAGCUGCACGUCCACGCUUGCGGACAAACUCACGCUGGUGUUGGACGAAGAGGUUGCUCCUGCGAGUUCGCACCAUCGCAUACUGCAAGCAAAUGUCACCUGCGGCCGCUCCUUGGAUGCGAACUUCUCCGCUCGCCGUAGCUGCAUCAAUGAUACGCAGCUGAAAACGCAAAUUCCCUUGGCGUUCGGGGAGGGUGCCACUGCGAAUCGGACGAGCUGCCAAGUCGAGAACGCAGUCGCUCCCUCCACUGCGAAUUGCGGUAGCAGUAACGAAAGUACUACGUUGCAGAUCAUCGUCGACCAGAAUACAACCCUGCUGCAUGGUGAGCACGCGCCUCCGAAAGCGGGGCUGCAACAAAGCAGGUAUUGCCUACGUACGGACUUUCUUACUUCACAAGCCGUGCGCUCUUUCGAUUGAUUCACUCAUAUUUGGUGCGUAGGUUCAAUCCAAUCGGAUCGGCAUCUUUCGCAAUCUGUGUUGUGGUGUCGCGCGUCGCAGCUGCAGCGCGCCUGCUCGUCCAUGCGCCGAGGGGUUGCCACACGCCACGCGCCCUUCUUUCCAUUAUUCUUUUCGUCGUCGAGAUUAGCUCUCUCCCCUCUUUCAAACUUCACCUUAUUUCAUGCAAAUUCGCCGGCGCGUGCCAAGCUUUCACUUUAUUCUUUUCGUUGUCCUCAUCUUUCUGCACAGCCCUGGAGCGAGUGUGUGGCAGCAUGCGACGUGUGGGGCUUGCUAGCUGGAGUGUGUGUGCGUGCGUGCCGCCGCCUCCUCCUGGCAGCUACCUAAUAUCUGCAAGGCGUGGGGAUCAGUUUUCGCCGCAGCACGGCCUCGCAGUGUUUCAAGCAGAGGCGCAAGACCCGAGGCUGCUUGCUUUUGUUUUUUGAGCGUUUGCGAACUGUGUUUAUGUGCACUACCCCUUUGGGAUUUUGCUUUUCAGUAUAUUUAUCUACUCUUAUAUACUCCGUCCAAAGCCAACCUCUGCAAUGAAUACUAUACGCAAAGGCAAGGCGAAAACUAUAACUAAUUAUAACGCGCAGCCGGUGCGCGCUAUUGCCCCUGCUGCAGUCGGCGUCGCCAAAAAAAAAAAGCUUGCAGCGCUUGACCUCGUUUCGCUAUUCACCGAUACAUGUCGAUAUCCUGGGCUCGACAUAUUUACACUCAGCGAAAGCAUGCCCCCAUCCCCAUCGCCUAAGGAAGAGGAGGAGAAAGAGAGGAGGAACUAGAGGAGUAAUCCUCAGGCACAUAGAUAGCACCUCGCUGCACAUCUGAAAGAAAUUGUGAAACAGGUGAAGAACAAUAACAAAACUCACUCAGAUUACGCAGAAGCCCAGUCAGCAGUCAGUCACGCCAAGGCAAGCGAGCUCUUGGUUGCUUCGCGUUCGCUGCCUCUCUCUGUAUAAUUUCUGGGUUAAUUAUCACUCACGUACUUCUCAGGUCCGUCGAUGAAGAUGCAGCAUCCCCGCCAGUUUGUUCCUCGGCAGUGUCAUUCAUCCUCAUGUCCGUGUGCGGUUCUUGCGUCUUGCUAUUUCUCGUCUUUUACUUGCUACUAUCUACGAUGCAGGAUGAGAACAAUUUCCCACCGAGCCGUAGCUGCACUUCUGACGAACUGGCCUUGCAGUUGCCGGCAGUGGCGCAUAACGCUGUUGUUAUCCCGUCGAACAAUUCCGGCAGUGUUGAGUCUAUUUCCCCUUCUACAUCUGCAGCCGCGUCGCUUGUCCUGGCGCCCGCGAAACGUUGUUCGGCCCCGCCCGACAGAACCACAUCCAGUUCAACCGCGAGAGCAACAAAGGCGACGUCGGUGCGGAACGAAUACAGUGCGGGGCCGCAGUCGUUACUGGGCGAACAAAACACAUCAGGCACGGGAUUGCUGUCGCCUCCAGACCGACCAUCGCCAUCUGCUCGCGGUCCAAGUAUUGGACGACGGGAGGCCAAGCAGCAAGAAACCGCGAGCGCCCGUCGUUUUCUAUCCUUUGCACAUUGAUAACGAUAUGUCGACAAGCAAGACGUGUGUCAUUAUUGAAGUGCUAGUGCUAAGAUGAAGGAUAGUAUGCCUAUGACUCUGCCCUUUGUGAGUCAAAAACUUCGGAAAUUGUGCAUGGCUACUUACAGCAAAUGUAUACCAAAAUUGAAAAAGUGCGGCUUGGUUUGCAAUAUAGAUAUACUUAUGAUGCAGACCAGCAGAUCGCUUCGUCUGUAAAUGUGUGUAAAAGCGCCCAACAAACAAGACGAAACGCUAAAGAAGUAAAAGACGGCACAACCAUCGAGAAAGAAGCACGCGCGCGGCCCGCCUUUUCCUGGCGAAGAACGUCGGCGGGGCCGGCGCCGCGCUUCGCAGGACCAGACGCACCCCUUUGGACGGCCGCAGCUACGUGCAGCACAGCCCCAGCAUCCCAAUCUUUUGAAGAAUCCUGGGCCGCCUGCGCACAUUCCUUGACCCAGCAGCAUCGACCGCCCCCCCUCCAGCAUGAUUGCCGGAGGUGGCGGGCCGGGAACGGCGGGCCGGACCCUGUGGGCGUCACCCCGGCUGGUCUGGUGAAACCAAAUGGCCGGCGGUCCUGGGGCAUGCCCGACGUGCGCCGCCGGGCGAAAGGUCGGGCGCGGUGUGGCUGGUGGGAUUGCCGGAGGCGCACAUCGGGCGCGCCGGACCAGCGCUGCGCCAUUGGAUGCCCGCCCCGCCUCCUCCUGGAGAUGCGGACUUCGACAGGCCUGGCCAUUCCGCCAGACCAGGCCUGAAGAUCCAGCAAACAAGCGAAUGGGUGGACGGGCCUGCCUGCGACGGGCAAGCCCUUUAUUCCACCAGUCCAGGCCUGGGCACUCCGAAUGCGUGGACGGGUGGGCUGGCGCGCGACCGAAAGCAGAAAAAGGCGCCACCACAAUUGUCAUUUUUCGUUUCAACUUUAUCAAGCAUAAAUCUAAUGCCUGGAGAGGUAAGUGGAGGCCGAGAAUGACCGACGGCGCGAUCAAAGUAAAGGCAAAAGGAAAAGAAGUCUGCGGGGAGCUGACUUCCACGCCGCUUUUUCCUUUACGUGGGUGCCCCCCCGCCUUUCGUCUUCGGCGCCCAGCUUUUUGUUUUUGGUCUUGAUUUUUUUUUUCGCUACUCUCUAUGAGAUAUUUGUUGUUUCUUCGAGUCUGGAUUUGCAGAAUGUCAUCUAUUCAAACAUCCAAUAAAUGCGCCUGAUGCUAUGUUAUCGAUUCCAAAAUGGAGUGUUGCUUGGCCCCAUAUAUUUUUGCGCAGGACAUUGGGUUCGCGAAAGUACACGCAACGUUGUGGGGGCCGCUUCCGUUGUUACACACUUGGAACAAACGGAGGACAGCGUGGAAGUUGAAGAUGAUGAAGAACAACAAGUUGCUGACGCCCGCCACGACGUCGAAAGUACCGGCGAGGAGGCGCGCAGAGGAAUAUCGGCGACCGGCUGCAGUCCGAGCAGCGACAUAGAGUUUGGUCCCAUUUUUCUCCAAGACAAGCCUGUUACCAAGACGACAACGACUUCAUCGUCAGCAAUGCUCUGCUCGACCUCCAGCUCCAAGAAUAGCGUGCAACACUCCUCGUCUUCGUCAAAGACGUUCUCUACUGUCGAGGACGCUAGUGUUACUGAGCAGCGGGACGACGUGGGCACCAGUCCGAUAUUGGACGAAAAUCAGGAACGUCAGGAGGUAGAGGAAACUUUUGCGUUCGGACUCGGAGGAUCUGCUUUGCAGGAAUUGCAGUAUUCGAAAUAUGGAAGGAAAAGCGCAAUGCGUUCUGGUUCUCGAUGAUCGUUAUGCAUGGAUUCCUAUUAUUUGGUCACACAGGAACAACAGCUCUUUCUGCAUUUUGCAGGAAGCUUGGCUGACUCUAUUGCUUGAUUUCAAUUUCCGAAAUGGUCUACAUCCAGCUCUGCCUGAUAACGGCGGAAGGAAAGGUUUUCGCGGCAAUGAUCAUCAGCCUCUCCGUUAUUCUACUUGCGACCUUCGUUUCAAAUGAAGCUGCGCGCGUAGGAUUUGCAUUUUGAUUUUCCAUGGCGACCACUUCUUUCCGGUUUUUUUCCCUCAUUUACGAUUUUUCUCUCCUCUUUUCCUUGCUAGAAAGAUACCUACGGCAGGGGCUGGAUUUUUUCAGCCCCGUGCGCGUUAGAUGUCGUGUAGAAUACUAUCGCAUUUAUCCUGUACACUCUGAGAGUAGAGAGAAUCUAAGUAGUCCAUCGGUGGGAGGGGCGGGUAGGAGAUUGCAGACGUGCUCUUGUUCUUUCUUUCCGCGACAGGUAUUUCGCUUUGUGAAAGAAGGCACAGCAAAAUAAAUAGGGAAACGCGUUUCCGGGUUGGUUUUUGUAGAGGUUUAGGGCUAGUAAGGUGGUCUGGUGCAGCUGGUUCCGGAAAACUGGAUAUAAUUUCCGUUCCCCAGGAAGUUCAGGUACGUCUUGGCUACCGGGCUAUGGUUUAAUACGUGUAGCCUGUCUGAUUCUCUGAAAGCUAGGCUCUUGCGUUUCCGCUGGAACUCCAAAGGUCGCACGCUGGGGCGACGUUAUUUCUUAUUUGCUGGCUGAAGAGCAGGCAGCGCGCCGCGGACCCGAUCUGGGCGCCGUUGCUGAUGAGGUGGCUGCUUCGGCUGACUCCAGUUGAGCGGUCGCUCACCGCUAUAGGCUUUUGAGCGCCUGAUACUCGACAUGUUUUCACCGCUGCGCCUUUGGCCGUGCCCUGAUACACAUCAUGCUUUUGAGCGUCCGUUUGUCUAAGGCGGACACUUACUCGUGGAAAACUCGGUAGAGCCCUGGCAGUUACUCGCCCACCUACUUGCCUGCUGAUUUUCCAUUGUGGCGCAAAUGCUUUCCCAUCUGUGAGUUCGUCUUUCCCCUCUAGUCGGCCGAACUCAGAGAAUGAUAAUGGUCAGGCAUGUGUAAGUUCUUGGCAUUCAAAUUUUUGACCGCAUUGUGCUUUUUUCCUCCUAUACCGAAAGCGAAAGCGUCAUCGUUCCAGAGGAACAAACUGCGUCUAGCUACCACCAGAACUACGAGGAAGCAGAAAGCGCAAUUGGCCCAGUUGAGCAGACUUGGGUUCGCAUGGCGGAGCACUGGGGCGGUCCUGAUUUUCGCGACAAGUGUCGAGGAAGUGGUACAAAUGAAGACCGCCACCACCGGAAUGAGUCACUUUGCCUGAAGUUUCCUCUGCUUUUUCCGAGGAACAACGGCGAAAAACUCACAAAAGAGUUUGAUGGUGCUCUCUGGUCUAUCUCCUGGGCCAAGGGACCAGGUGCGACGUCGCAACUUGUCAUCCCGAUCGACUGCGCGAAAAUUCGCGGAGCGGCAGGCGAUAGGGUGACGGUAUUUCGCAAGCAUACCCGCGGCACACCAUCGCUCACCCUGAGCUUGACGGUGUAUCAGAUAAACGAUGAAACGUUGGGCCCUGGCGCUGGGGCAAGCGUUAUGCAGUGUGUUUGCUUUUCAAAAGUCCAGGUGGCUUAGCUCGUCAGGUGUUAUUUUCCAGUACUUAUCUUCAUUAGCCUGAUUAUCCACGGUAAAAUGGACGCCCAGUUCAUUCAAUGAGCCUCAUUUUAACGCCGACGGAACUCCUACUGUCUGAUGCAUGUUCUGUUUUUAAUUAUUGUGUUCCUCAUUGGACCACUGCCCGACGCCGUUCACACGCGUAAUUCUAAUUGGCUUCUCGUCUCACUAUCAUACACGGCCCGGAAGUGAUAUAAUUAUGCCACGACAAAUCACAAAAGCCAUAUUUUAGUUUUACCGAUACUUACAGAGUAUGGAGCAGGCAGGCGCAGGGGCAUUGACAAAGUCCACCUGAAUAUCGAAGCUACAGAAGCACGGCAAGGGGUUCGCAAAACCCGAAAAGCGCCAAAAAAAAACACCAAUCAUCAACGCUAAUUACAGGUAUGUCCGGAACACUAUCAUUGAUCCCAGAAAUUUUUUUAAAGCCUUACUUUUAGUUUUACCUUGCCACGUCUCGUCAGGCUCUGUAGCCCAGAGUCGCCUGAAACUGGCUCGUUUGAUUGUUGAAGAUAAGUACUAGCAAUAUUCUAUCAGAAGAGCAAAAUUGUUCGAGACUACGGAACUUGUUGAUGUAGACUACAGCGAGUGAGGCAAUCGAUCAUUCUCAACAUACAUCGUCUGAAGCUUAAUUGACUCUAAUCGGAGAGGGAUAUGUUGUUUCUGCGUGCUUCGUGGAUGUCAUCGCAUAUCUCAGCAGAGUAGCGUUCUAAAAAUUUUCGUUGUGUUUUCUUCGCUCCGGUUGCCGUAAUGUACUUACUAAAACUUGUUAGUUUUUUGCCUCUGCAGUGCAAUAAUAAUGGUAUUUUUCUUUUGGCUUUAUUUAACAAAAAUAAUGCAAAUCGGAUUUACUACCGUCUUCUAGAAUACCUUGCAAGUUCCAUUGAAACAGACCUGAGAAGAACGAUUCGCUGAUUGCAAAGAAUAUUUCUUCACUUGAGGCGUGGAGGAUUACACCACGAUAAAAACAUCUUGUCGUGUGCAAAGCAUCGCCACGAUUGAGUCGUGUGCCCGUGGUGCAAAGCAUCGCGUUGUUCUCUGCCCCGGUCUAUCGAGCUUGAGGGUAAGGGGCCACCGCCGCCGCACCCGUAACUACCUUACUAACUAACAGCGAGAAGGCAUGACUUGACUUGAUCCGGCAACGAAUCUGAGAG